AUGCAGCAGACGGCGACACGGGUUCGGCAGAGCAUGGCCGGGCUCGGAGUCCACCUGCGGCUGGACUGGGUUAAGCACUGCCUCGAAGCAGGGGGGGGCAUGGACCCUGGUGCAAUCGGCAACGGCCAGCGACAGCAGUCAGAAGCACAAGAGGGGGUAUAUAGGACGUUUCUGGCCUGCGAUCUCCGGGAGGCGGGGGAGGCGUGUCUGCCCGCCGGGGUCGGGGGCAUGGUGAAGGAGCGGGUGAAGGGCAAGAUGGUGGUGCAGGUAGAGAACGCCAGGGACAUCGCGAAAAACUUGGAGCAAAGGGAGAAGGUGGACGGCUCGUCCGCCCACCACACUCUGAAGCUGGCCUUGGGGGACGGCAGGCAAACGGUUGCGGCUUUCGAGUACAGGCGUGUUCAGGGGUUGGUGGCAGACCCUCCACUAGGCCUCAAGCUCCUCCUGGUGGAGCCAUGGGUUAGAAGAGGCAUCCUGCUUCUCUCUUCGGAAAACACCACCGUACUAGGCGGCGAGGUGUCUAGCCUCGUGGAGGCGAGAGAGACCGCUCGUGCUGGCGGCGCGCAGAGCACGGCAGGCGCUGCCACCAAUGCCACGAACAACGACGACACUUUGGAGCCCCGCACAAGCCGAAAUCAGCCCGGGGAGCCAGCCGGUCGAACCGCUACCGACUCCGGUGCUGCCGGCAACAGCGGCCCACGGGCACCCGCGCCACGGAACGCAACGAGAGCUCAGGCAGAGAAUGGCGGCAGGCCGCGACCACCCCAGCCAGGAGGCAGUCACCGGCACGACGAGAACGCUGACCCUAGUGGCGUGGUGGACUUAUCGUCGUCGUCGUCGUCGGGGGGCAACGCGGACACACCGUUAUCAUCCCAGGGCCGACGAGCCGCCGACACGGAAGGGCAGCAGCGGUCGAGGUCCGCCUCGGGGAAGGGGGGGGUCGUUGGUAGCAGCAGGCCGAGCGGGUCUGGCUCCGGUGUAUUCAAUCCGUACGCCGCCGCGACAGGGCCUGGUUCGACUCCUGCAAGGUCGGCGGCUGCUUCCACUGGAGUACGCGUCCUCAACCCCUAUUCCGCCUCGACGCUCUCUGCUACUAGCUCAGCAGCAGAGACGGUCGGGACGGCGCGAAGCCAGAGUCCGCAGGGCGCAGCCCGGAGUAGAAGCUCUGGUUCAAGUGGCGGGCAGGGGAGACCACGAGGCGGAGAGACGCGGGUCCCCGCGUUCCAAGACUUGGAGGACGAUGACGGACCGGGGUUCGAGUAUCUGGAAGAACCAGACUUCGACGACGAGGAACAUGACAACGAACCCCCAAAAGAGGCUGUCGCUGCUGCGAAUGCUGCUGCUGUCCGAAACGGAAGAAACCCGGGGAUGCGAAGCGAUCCUCCCCGGGUUUCGACGUCGACCGGAAGUCCUUCUCCGACGGCGGCACCGGUAACCCCUCGACCGACGAUCGUCUCGGCGAGGGUGCAGAAGGAGAAACUUAGACAAGAGCAGGAGGAGGAAUCGCGGAAACGGAGGAGAGGGCGGGGCGAGGGCGGCGGUGGUGAUGUCGGCGACGGGGAAGUCGCCGACAUCGAGGGAGAGUUCGGCGGUGGAGGGAGGAGCCGAACUGGGCUGGAGGUUUCUUCGCGGAGUAAGCGCGGCCGGAGCAGCAGCGAAAUCGGCAGCCGAGCAGGAGGCGGCCGUGAACGGAGCAACGGAACGAGGCCGUCUCCGCCUAGCGGCCCGUACACGUCUUUGGAGGACCUGGAUCGGUUAGCCGCCGCGGGAGGUGGUAUGUAUCGCGUCAAGGCCGUCGUGUCUGACACAAAGAACUGCAAGAUCCGCAAGAAGAAGUACCUGCUUGUGGUCGAGAUCGAAGACGGCACGGCUGUCGUCAGCGUUCGCCUCUCGGAGCAAAUCACCAGGCGCCUAUUCGGGGUGGAAGCACGGGAGUUCAAGAAGAUCUUCCAGGCGGAUCCCGAGAAGGCGAUAAGCAUCCAGACUCGUGUGGAGAAGGAAAUCCGGGAGAUGGAAGGCGUUAUGGAAAUCCAGACUUCCGCCGGGGCAACGUCCUCGCCAUCCCCGGCAACACCCGGCGCCGCCAUGAGCCAGAACUCUGCAACCGGUGACUCGGAGUGGGGUCUGCCCAUGGUGGUGUCGGUGAAACCUCCGACUGACGGUGAUUGCCUCGAGCUUCUCUCGCGCGUGACGUCAUUGUUGUAG